AUGGAACUACGACCAAUCACUUAUGAUAUGCCGAAAGUCCCUUCAGCCAGAACACUUGAAGUCAUGGGUGGUCUUCUGGAUAAGAAGAUGUCCAUGACUUCGUUAAGCCAAUCUCUACGAGGAUUGUCUAAUCCAUAUGAAAGGGAUAAGGGACAAGAAGACACCAUUUUUGAUUUGUUUAAGAUUCCUGGCAAGAAUGAAGCUUCCAUUGGACGCUUGCUGUCGGUUUUAAAGUCAUUCGGUCUUCGAGAAAAAGAUCCUCGAAUGCUGCCGUUGAUGACAAAGCUUCAUGCCAUUGAGAAGGAAGAAGAAGAGCGCAAUAAUGAACAGCAGGAACAAAAGCAUUGGAAAUUGAGUCGAGAACAAUUCAAAGAAUGUAUUAGCGGCUGCGUAGACUUGAUUUCUACGGCGUUACAGAAUGACUUAGUCAUACCGUGCUGGCAACACUUCGUAGAGACAAUUAAACAGAUUUUUAACGAAUGCGCUGAGGAAACUGGAGGGCAGGUUGCUGAUUAUAUUCCACAGUUAGCUAGACAAUCUCCUAAGCAAUGGGGAAUGGCUAUUUGUACAGUUGAUGGCCAGCGGGUAUCCUUGGGAGACUCUAAAGUUGCUUUUUGUGUUCAAUCAGUUUCGAAAGCUUUCAAUUAUGCUAUAGCAGCUUCAGACUUGGGUGCUGAUGUUGUUCAUUCCUACGUGGGUCAAGAGCCUAGUGGUAGAUUCUUCAACGAAAUCUGCCUUGAUUCUAAAAAUAAACCUCACAACCCUAUGGUAAACUCCGGAGCCAUCAUUGUGACGUCCUUAAUUAAGAACAAGCUAGAUAUGGCUGAUCGCUUCGAACAUGUUCUAACUGAGUAUAGACGAAUUGCUGGCGGCGAAUACAUCGGAUUCAACAACGCCACAUUCUUAUCAGAGCGUUCGACAGCUGACAGGAACUAUGCUUUAGCCUAUUAUAUGAAAGAAAAUCAUUGUUUCCCCCCUGAGACGAAAUCUCUAACAGAUGCUCUGGAUUUCUAUUUCCAAUUGUGUUCUAUUGAAGGAACAUGUGAGUCCCUCAGUGUUAUGGCUGCUACGCUUGCCAACGGUGGUGUAUGCCCCAUCACUUAUGAGAAAUGCAUCGAUUCCCAUCCUUGUCGUGAUGUUCUCUCCCUCAUGUACAGUUGCGGCAUGUAUGAUGCAUCCGGACAAUUUUCCUUUACAGUUGGACUUCCUGCCAAAUCUGGAGUAUCAGGUGUAAUGAUAGUUGUCAUACCUAAUGUCAUGGGUAUCUGCUUGUGGUCUCCAUCCCUGGAUAAAUUGGGUAAUAGUGUUCGAGGUGUAGCAUUUUGCAAGAAACUAGUAUCGAUGUUCAAUUUCCACAACUACGAUUGUCUAUUGCAUACUGUAAACAAUAAGAUUGAUCCUAGACGGAGAGAUUUAAGAGAAAGAGAUCGCAGCCUCCCUGUACUCUAUGUGGCAAGAUCAGGAGAUUUAGUUGCCAUGCGAAGAUUAUAUAUGCAAGAUGUUGACUUAUCUACUUCUGACUAUGACAAACGGACAGCCUUGCAUGUUGCAGCUUCCGAAGGAAAUUUGCCCAUGAUUAAAUUCUUGGUUAAUGUUGCUAAAGUUAAAGUUGACACUAUGGACAGGUGGGGCAGAACACCCUUAGACGAUGCUAACUUCUUCAAACAUCCAGAGUGUGCGCGAUUCAUCGAGAAAGCAUUGAGAAGGCCUUUGGGUCGCACAGACUCUGUUUCAUCAGUGGAAACAGAUGAUGAUGAUUCGGAAGACGGUCUUCCUAAAGCAAUUUUUUCAAUAGAUCAUCCUUACGGUUAA